UUUUUGAAAAUACUUUACGCUGCCCAACGCAGUCACCUCAUCUCCCUCCCACCAAUCUCUAGUCUAGACAUCAUAUAUACGGAGUACUUCGUAUCUACACUGACAGAUUUCUGAGCGGACGAAGAUUGUGGAAGCUCGCCGGGGAUUGUAUGAAGCAAGGCGACUGGGAAAAUCUUCCUGAAUAAGAGGAUGCAGGGGAAGACCUCAAAGAGAGGCAGCCUUAGGAGCAAGAAAAGAAGCGCCAAGAGUUCCUUGAACAGGCACUUGAAGGUCGGAGCCGGAGCUCAAACGCCUUUCUUUUCACUUCCGCAGCAGCCUCCAGCUGACCUUUCUGCUCCCGAAUCCGCUGGGUUCCGAACCGUUCGGGACGAAGAAGUGUGGUCUGCGCCGGGGGUUAAAUCUCAGUUACCUCUGGCGCAGUCGAAUUUGCCCUCGACGCCAUCUGUCGGCUCAGUCGCCUCCGCCGUCUCUGAUGCUGGUGUGGAUGAGAAAGAUUUCAUUCUUAGCCAGGAUUUCUUCUGCACCCCUGAUUACAUUACGCCCGAUGCUCCGGCUAUUCCAAAUUGGUUGGAUAAUGAGAAGGUGGAUUUAAUAUGUCCCAACUCACCUGACAAAAGUAAAUCCGUGGGAAGAAAAAGGCAGAAAUUGGAUGGUCUUUCAGUUUCUUUUGUUUCAAAACUUUAUAAUGAGCAACCAACACCUGAUGUUGUAAAUGAUUCUUCUGUGGUAGAAGAGACAAAGUCAGAAAGCACAACAAAGCCACCAAAGAAUCACAGUUAUGUUUCACAAUCUGCUGUAGCUUUAAGGUGCAGAGUCAUGCCUCCGCCAUGCAUUCAAAACCCAUAUCUCAAGGAUGCUUCAGAAAAAGAUAUUGAUCCUUUUGGAAACCAAAGAUCCAAAUGUGCAGCUUUUUAUCCUGCGGUCUUGGACAAUGAUGGCCUUUCACGCUACCGUACAGAUUUUCAUGAGAUUGAGCAAAUUGGCAGUGGAAAUUUCAGUAAUGUUUUUAAAGCCUUGAGGCGAAUCGAUGGUGUCUUGUAUGCAGUGAAACAUAGUACAAAGCAAUUGUAUUUGGACACAGAAAGGAGAAGAGCUUUAAUGGAAGUUCAAGUUCUUGCUGCGCUAGGAAUUCACAAGAACAUUGUUGGCUAUUACUCUUCGUGGUUUGAGAAUGAGAAACUUUAUAUACAGAUGGAACUCUGUGAUCACAGCCUAUCCAUCCAGAGGACUAAGUUAUACUCUGAAGGAGAAAUAUUAGAAGCAAUGUAUCAGAUUGCCAAGGCACUGCAGUAUGUGCAUGAGAGAGGGGUAGCCCAUUUAGAUGUAAAACCGGAUAACAUUUAUGUGAAAAAUGGUGUUUAUAAGCUAGGGGACUUUGGAUGUGCGACACUGCUUGACAGUAGCUUGCCAAUUGAAGAGGGUGAUGCACGCUAUAUGCCCCAAGAAAUUCUCAAUGAGAACUAUGAUCACCUUGACAAGGUUGACAUCUUUUCAUUGGGUGCUUCUAUGUAUGAGCUUAUCAGAGGUUCUUCCCUGCCAGACGGCGGGCUUCAUUUUCUGAACCUCAGGGAAGGAAAAAUGCCUCUUCUACCAGGUCACUCAUUGCAGUUUCAGAAUCUACUCAAGGUCAUGAUGGAUCCAAAUCCUAUCCGGCGUCCUUCAGCUAAAGAUCUUGUACAUAAUCCCAUUUUUGAAAGGAGACAAAGAUCUGUGAUAAACAAGGAGUGGGAGGCAGAUGGGCCGAGGCUCUAGGAGGCAAACGGGCCAAUGCUUCAGGAGGACGGGCCUCGCCCAUUAUUAGUUUAUGGGUUGCUGUCAGUGGACCUAAUUGGGCUGGGUUGACUGCUGGGUUUCAUUACUUUAUUUCAGUCUAUUGUUAUGUCUAAUAAACUGUUGGGCCUAUAUGGUCAUAUUUUAUUAUUAGGUUAAUGGGCCUAGAUGGCCAUAUUUUAUUAUUAGGUUAAGGAGUAUUUAAGGAGGUCUUGUGAACUAUUAUUCAUUAUCGAGAAUAAAGAUUUGGUUUGAGCCUAAGGCUGGGCAGUCGUUAACACCGUCUGCUAGGGUUUCUUUUUCUGCUUCUAUCAAUUUGGUCCGACCUGCCGGAUCCUAUCCACCGCCCUACGUUCAUCAUGACUCGUUCCACCAUUGAUCAACGCAUAGAUGCGAUAGAAGCAGACCAGAAGGACAUCAGGGCAGAAUUGCAAUCCACCAACGCCAAGUUGGAUGCUAUCACGCAAACCCUAGACAAACUGGCGCAGAAGGUUAUGGCGUCGGGGGGAACGCUGGCUGAUUCUGAGUCAGGAGGAGGAGGAGGCACGGCUGACUCGCAGAACUCCCACAACCCUAGGUCUGUGACCGCACCUCUGACGCUACCAGCGUUUGAGGGGGCAGAUCCGAUUGGAUGGCUUGCCAGGGCCAAUCAGCAAUUUGAAAUACAUCAGACCCGACCUGAGUUGAAGGUGGCGUCAGCCAUGGUAGCAAUGGAGGGUCCUGCUUUGUACUGGUUUUCUUGGACACGGUCGCGGAAACCAGGCAUAGCUUGGGAGGAGUUUUCACAAGCCCUUGUAGCCCGUUUUGAUACUCGGUUCAAAGGGAGCACGUUCGAACGGUUGGCUGACGUUAAGCAGACAGGAUCCAUGGAUGACUAUGUAAAUUUGUUCGUGCAAUUAGCCAGUCAGGUCCCAGGUUUGAGUGAUGCCCACUACUUGGGGUACUUUAUGAAAGGGCUACGAGACACCAUUCGCAGUUCCUUACGGACCUUACGCCCAAUUGAUUUGGAAGCUGCUAUGGAGUUAGCAAGAGAUAUCGAAGAAGACUUGGCCGUACAGUCCGGAGGGAGAUCAGAAUGGGGAUACGACAAUCAGCAGUGCCGUUCCAGUAAUUACACCAAAGUUGGCGGGUUUUCGGGGCUCUCUUCCACGUCAGUUACUGGAAACCAAGGGGCAGCAGGAAGCACAACUUCCUCGCGAUCUCCAGGUAGUACUUCGGGGUCCGGGUCAGCCAUGACUGGCCAGUCGGAGAAUCGCUCCCGGUUCACACGCCUCUCACCGCAGGAAUUUGCAGACUUACGUGCAAAAGGGCUUUGUUUCCGUUGCAAGAAGCCCUAUACCCCUAGGCAUGAAUGUCCCCUAAAACAGUUAAGAGUAAUGGUUGUCGAGGAAGAUGAGGAACUCGACCUCAAUCAAACUGAAUCUUUUAUCCCGCCCGAAGAGGUUGAGCAGCUAGGGGAACAGAAGGAGAAACAAGCAGCAGCUUCUUCACUCCAACCUUGGGGACAAGGUUGUUUUGGAGGGGGAUGAAAUUGUUAGGGAGUGGGAGGCAGAUGGGCCGAGGCUCUAGGAGGCAAACGGGCCAAUGCUUCAGGAGGACGGGCCUCGCCCAUUAUUAGUUUAUGGGUUGCUGUCAGUGGACCUAAUUGGGCUGGGUUGACUGCUGGGUUUCAUUACUUUAUUUCAGUCUAUUGUUAUGUCUAAUAAACUGUUGGGCCUAUAUGGUCAUAUUUUAUUAUUAGGUUAAUGGGCCUAGAUGGCCAUAUUUUAUUAUUAGGUUAAGGAGUAUUUAAGGAGGUCUUGUGAACUAUUAUUCAUUAUCGAGAAUAAAGAUUUGGUUU